AUGGAUUACCAAUCUCAAUCUCCCUCAGUUGAAACCCUAGAUCACAACUCAUCACAAAACCAAGCUUCAUAUGAUGCCCAACUUCACGCUUCUGACAAUACCGGUCCAAAUCAAGCAUCAGAGGAGCAAAAAUUAGGUGAAUUCACUCUGAAGCGCGAGAUUCAGAGGCCGUUAUUGUCGGAAAACGGGUUGACAAAUACUCACAGCGGCACCGACAGGGACCAAUCAGGCGGUGAGGAAGAAACCAGCAGUAGAAGGAGACGGAGGAGCCGUUGGGACCCACCUCCCACUGAAUCAACCAAUGAUGGGACCGGCGGCGGUGAUGGGAGUGGGACCGGAAGAAAGAGGAAGUCAAGGUGGGCUGAUGAUGAGCCCAAACCCGUUAUUCAAUUGCCGGAUUUCAUGAAAGAUUUCACUGGAGGUAUUGAGUUCGAUCCUGAAAUCCAAGCUCUUAAUAGUAGAUUACUUGAAAUUAGUAGGAAAUUGCAAUCGGGUAUGCCCUUAGAUGAUAGACCUGACGGUGCUAGGUCGCCUUCGCCUGAACCUAUAUAUGAUAAUAUGGGAAUUCGUAUAAACACCAGGGAGUAUCGCGCACGAGAAAAGCUGAAUAGGGAGAGACAAGAGAUUAUAUCACAAAUCAUUAAGAAGAACCCUGCUUUUAAGCCUCCUGCUGAUUAUAGGCCUCCCAAGCUUCAAAAGAAGCUAUACAUUCCCAUGAAGGAGUUCCCUGGUUAUAAUUUUAUUGGGCUGAUUAUUGGUCCAAGAGGGAAUACUCAGAAGAGGAUGGAAAAGGAGACGGGAGCAAAGAUUGUAAUUCGAGGCAAAGGGUCAAUCAAGGAGGGUAGGUUCCAGCAAAAGGGGAAUUUAAAACCUGACCCAGCAGAAAACGAAGAUUUACAUGUGUUAGUGGAAGCUGAGAACCAGGAGUCACUUGAAGGUGCUGCUGCUAUGAUAGAGAAGCUCUUGCAGCCUGUUGAUGAAGUGCUCAAUGAACAUAAGAGGCAACAACUUAAGGAACUUGCUGCUUUGAAUGGAACAAUUAGAGAUGAGGAGUUUUGUAGGCUAUGUGGUGAACCAGGGCAUAGGCAGUAUGCAUGUCCUUCUCGCACCACCACCUUUAAGAGUGACGUUCUGUGUAAAAUAUGUGGUGAUGGGGGACAUCCUACUAUCGACUGUCCAGUGAAAAAUACUACCGGCAAGAAAAUGGAUGAUGAGUAUCAGAAUUUUCUGGCAGAGUUGGGAGGUACGAUUCCUGAAUCAUUAACAAAGCAAAACCCAGCAGCGCUAGCUCUUGGUGCUGGAAACUCAGGAAGCAAUCCUCCUUGGGCAAGCAAUAAUAAUACUGGUGGUGCUGGUGCCAGUUCACAUCCUGGCUUAGGGUCAAGUAUACUAAAGCCAAAGGAGUUUGACGAGACAAACUUGUACAUCGGUUACUUGCCACCUACUCUUGAAGAUGACGGUUUGAUCAAUUUAUUCUCUCAUAUUGGUACCAUUGUAAUGGCUAAAGUUAUAAAGGAUCGUCUAAGUGGUCUGAGUAAAGGUUAUGGAUUUGUUAAGUUUGCGGAUGUUCAACAAGCUAAUAGUGCUAUAACUAGCAUGAAUGGCCACCGUCUUGACGGAAGAACCAUUGCUGUGAGAGUUGCAGGUAAGCCGCCUCAGCCUGCUGUGCCUCCAGGACCUGCUCCGGCAAUGCCUUCAUAUCCGGUUCCUAAUCAGAGCAUGGGCGCAUAUCCAUCCCAGCGGUAUGCAGCUGGUGGUCCCAUUGGCAAUCCCCCUGGUAGCUAUCCCCCACCUGGUGCUCCAGUUCCAUGGGGACCACCUGUGCCUCCGCCAUAUGCCCAGUACCCACCUCCUCCUCCUGGCGCAGCCAUGUAUCCUCCUGUCGCAGGUCAACCCAUCCCUCCAUAUGGAAUGCAGUAUCCUCCUUCAAUUCCGGCAGCAUCUUCUGGUGCCCCUGCUCAGACGGUUUCUUCUGGUGAAAACCAACAAACUUAUACAUCUCCUGGUGAGGCACAGCAAAACUAUCCUCCUGGAAUGCAAUCUCAAAGUGUGUAUGGCAAUUCUGUCAAAGCAAUGCCACCUAAUGCUCAGCCUGCAUACCCAACAUCAUCAUACAGCUAUCCAUCUUAUUAUGGUGUCACACCACCACCUCCUCCUCCAUCUGCAUCCCAGUCCAAUGGGAACUAUUCACAGGGUAUGAGUAAUGUUCCUUGGGCUCCAAAUCCACCAACUCAUGCACCUCCAUCAUCAGCAGAGAAGCCUGCUUAUGGUGCGGAUGCAGAAUAUGAGAAGUUCAUGUCAGAAAUGAAGUCAUGAUGCAAUUGCUGUAUCACCCUGCACGAUUAGGCUGAUGUGUUGGAGCAUUUCACCUGAUUUCUUCCCUCUUGCCAUGACUUAGUUGUUGGAAGUUUCAGACUCACAUCUUUAACCUUGUUGUACUGUUAUGCAGAGAGAUGAGACAUUCAGUUCAUCCAGAUUGUGUUGGAGCAUUAAAUCAGUGGAUUAUGGACAUUAAUUAUGCUUUUUGUAGGAUUCGUUUCUGGGGAUUGCCUUCCAGCAUUGUUUUUCAAAUUUUAUUUUAAUGAUUUGUUGGAUUUUCUUGAUGACUAAUCACUGACUGUUUGUGUGUUUCUCUCCACUUUGGCUUCUUCACCACUAAUUCUGGGGAUUGCCUUCCAGCAUUGUUUUUCAAAUUUUAUUUUAAUGAUUUGUUGGAUUUUCUUGAUGACUAAUCACUGACAGUUUGUGUGUUUCUCUCCACUUUAGCUUUUUCACCACUAAUCCUCCUUUACUUUUUUCUUUUAACUUGGUUAUCUCUUUUACUUUUCUGGGGUCAUUUAACUAUUGAGAGUUCAGAAAGCAGCCUGAUGCUUGCCUCUGCUAUUCCUCCCAAAAGGUGAUGCAUCUUCAAAUUUUCAAGGUUCCCAGGGUAUGUGAAUUUGAUAGUAUGAUGACUGCAUUCACAUGUCUACGAAUUAAUUUUAUUACUCAUUCUGAUACAUUUUCCAGAUGUCUUGUGACAGGAAAAGAUGCUUGUAUUGGAAUAUGAUAUCCCGUGCUGGACUGAUUUGUGUUUGAAAAUUACUCUUCUUGUUGGGUAUCUUAAUUAGAACUUUAUUUUGGAUUUUCUGUGAUGUUUAUCAAGAAAGUUUUCUGUGCAAAUGGGAAUUUCUGUGAGGAUGAGUAGCAUUUAAAUGUGAUGGGCUAAACUAGGACAUUUCUAACCUGGUUAUGAACUUUUUAUUUGAAGGGGGCGGGGUGUGUGGGAAUCAAGUACAUGACUAUUUCAAUACUCUUCCAAUGAAGAGCACUGCUAUAGCAGGAAGCUAGCAGUCACUUUGAAUUUGACAUUGUUAUCUUAGAUUUUGAUUUGUGGCUCGGAAGUCUUAGAGAAACGGAAAGCACUAGCAGACAAAGUGGUUGAAUCACAUAGUAAAUAGGAGAUCUUGUGAGGAUGAAUAUAUUUGUACAUCUCUUCUUUUAUUCUUGUGAAUACAUAGUUGAGACAUUUCAAGCUACAUCUCCGCAGAAGUGUUUUUUCUACUUUUUGCUCUUCAGGGCUUUGCUCUCAUCCAAUCAUUUUCUUGAGAUGUAAUUUGUUUCUGUUAAUUUAUUUAAUUUUUUUGGGUAAAGAACUUGGGUGGGACGGGUGUUCACAAAUUAACUGUGGAUAGUUUUGGUUGGAACCCGAGACAUGGCUUCUUGUGUGGGUUCUCAUGUAGGAACUAUGCUCAUUAAUGCCUUAUAUUUCUGUUUGUCAUAGUGGGGUCUUCUCUUUACUGAUCCACCAAAUGUCUGGUAUUCUUGAGACAACUAGUACACCUAAAUGUCUUUGCUAAGAUUGUAGGACCAUUCAAGCUUCUGGUGUGGUCGAUCAUAUUUUUGCAUAGGGCUCUAUUGGGGUUGAGAUGUUGAGUAGUUGAACUUUAGCCUGUAUGGUGAGUUUGGAUAAUGUGUGGAAGCUUAGUAUUUCUGUUAAGCGUUGGUUUUGGCAUCUGGUAUUUUUGGAUAUAGGUUCACUAUUGCUGUAUUAUUUUGUUUCUUUUUCCUUUUUAAACCUUCUGUUUUAGACUAACUUCUUUCAGUUGGUUGUUAGUAGCGUGUACUGAUAGCAGGGAUGGCUCCCCAUUUCAGAAGAUCUCUUGAUUCAUCCUUUCACUGGUGGACAAGUUAAUAUUUGGCGUACAGGAAGAACUCAUCUAGGCACUUGUUAGUUCUGAAGAAUCAUUUGUAUUCUUUAGGUUAUAUUUGAACCUAUAUUUCUUUGGGGGUGGGGUGGGGGGUCUAUUUUUAGUUGUUUUUGCUUAACUAUACAUGAUUUUUCUUUCGUCUUUGUCCCCUCCUUUCCAUGAAUCAGGAUCUACUCGAAACUGGUUUGUUAGUAAAGAUGGUUGCCCGUCCCUAUUUUGUUUUGGUGGUCACAUCCUGGGCACGAUGUUCAUCAGUGUGAAGGUGGAUGCGUAAAUUAUUAUUUUUUUGGUAGUUGACCAAACAUUUCUGUUUACUUGCAAAAUAUCUCUCCUCUUUCUUUGUCCAUUGUUUUGUCUAGAAUUAGUGGGAGGUUGUCAAAUAGCUGGUUAACACUUGUUCGUGUUAAUUUGAUUUAUUAUCUCUCGGUUAGAUCUUCUGUGCAUGAUUUUCCCCAUGUUUAUGACAUGUCGGUUACCAUAGGUAUAGCUGAGUGGUUAGUGGAAGUCUGUAGAAGCAAAUUUUCUUUUCCAAUUACUGCAAUUUUCUUCAAUUUGCACUUUGUUAUUGUUUAUUUUGAGGGUGCCUAAUGUGAAUGGAAUUGUAUUUCUACCUGUUGUUAGGUAAGUUAGCUGCUGUCUGCUGUGCUGCUUAGUGAUGUUGGUGUCAGAUGAUAAGAGUUCUUUUCUCUUCAUGCCUGGAAAGUCUAUUGCAGACCAAGUACCUGAUAAGAACGCAGCAAAAUUCUUCUUAAGAAAAUUUAAGGAUUUGUAUCGGGACUCUUGGAAUGCACGAUAGUGCCAUUUGACCUCCAAAUUAAAACUUCAACUCAAUUGAACUAAAGAGAGGAUGAUGUUGUUUGAACUAAACAGAGAAUGAUGUCUAAAAUAAUAUGCCACCACAAGUAAAAAGUUGAUGUCACUAUAACUAAUCAA